CACGAAAGGCCAUAUACUCGCGAGAGAGUCAACAUCGUCAUUUCAGUUCCUUCUGGAUUUCGUUCGAAACAAGAUACGCAAUGUGCUGUUUACGCGCCACGCCUUAAACUUUCGAUAUCUCGAUUACGAUACAAUAUCCUUCACGAUCCUUCCUCGAUCAUCCUCGAUAUCUCGAACGUCCUCGAAAAGGAUAAUUAUUCUAAUUCGUCGAUUCAAGUGCACGCGUGCGCGCGCGCGCGAGAGGACGAAGCGAUGAUUCAAUUAAAAUUCAUUAAGGGGAUUAUACAUUCCUGUUUUAUGUAUUGAACGCGUUCUUAUAUAUUCUAUCGCCGCUUUAAAGUUAUCGACUUCGAGUGAGAAGAACAGAAGCAACAGAUUCCUACGAUUCAUACGGAAAUCGCAGAAGAGAGACCAUGCCGGUUUUAGCAAAAUUCUAUGCGUAACUAUUAUAUUCGCGUGAGGAGAUUCCCAAAUUCGAUCAUUCUUAUUUCUUUCUUUUCCCUUUUUCUUUCACUCUCCUUGCUUCUUGUUGUUUCUUCUUUAUUUCUUUCAACGAAAUCGAAGGAACGAAAAAAAAAUGCAGCGUGUCCUCAGUUUUCAAAUGGCUCGUGGAUUCAGUGAAUCGAGCGAAUUCGUAACGAAACGCAUGUGUUUUUCGUUCCUUUUCUCAGUCGGAUUUCUUUGCCUUCUUUGCGGCUUCCUGCUUGGUCGUUUUGCAUCUGAAAGGUCGAUAGAAUUUCGGGCUGAAAGGAAACGACUCGAAUUUGCCGGCAAUGGUUUAGAACACACGGAACAUCUUCGUCAAUUUUUACUUGAAAAAUUAGCAGAAACAACGACCUAUGAAACAAGUCGGACAACUUCUAUCGUUAAAGAGGUAGAAACAUUAAAAAUCGGCGAAGCACUAUCCGAUUUACCGAUUUUUCAUCGAGUUAUUAAAAAUGGUUCUUUCGUUGUUGCUACGUCUCCAGGAUCUCGAGAACCUGACAGGUUUGUGGUCUUAUCUGCAAGUGGAAAUGGAAUUGGUAUCGCGUUAGAAUUAGUGAAAGUAUUAAAUCAAAUUCGGACGGAAUAUAAUUGGAAAUCACGUCGUACGCUCAUUUUUUGUUUAUUUUUGGGUUCUUUAGAUAUUUGCCCGACUAUGAUGUCUAAUUUUAUACGACAUAAGAUCGUUGCCUAUAUCGCUUUGUACGACGACAAUUUGCAAGGUAAUGGUAAUUUUAUUUCUGCUGGAUCAGAUGUGAUACAGUCUAUAAUUUUCCAAGAAGUUACUAUCAUUAGAAAUUUAAAUUCUCCUCAAAAUCAUAAUGUAUUUGAUCUAAAUAAUGAGGCAUAUCGCGACGUUUUAUUUCCACGUCUUGCAUUGGAUAUUCCACAUGUUGUGUUUUCCUUUAUGAAAAAAAAUAAUUCUGUAAACAAUGAAAGUGAAAACAAUGAAAGUUUCAAAUUACGUCGAAUUCCUUUAACACAAUUAGUCGGUGACACUAUUUGGAGAUUGUCUGAGAGUUUAGUCUUUCAUUGGAAUACAAAAUACUUUAAUGACACUAUCAUUGAUGUAUUGGAAACCAUAAACAUAUCAAAGUUUCUGGAUAUCAAAGAUGAUAUUAAAAAAACAGUAGAACAAUUAAUGUCUAGUGUACAAAUUCUUAACCAAAGGAUUGAUGCAACUGAUGGUAGCAAGUCAUUGGAUACAAGAAUAUUGAAUGACAUAUUAAUGGACUUGGACAGAUCACUUUUAUGUCCAGAUAAAUAUUUUCGUUCUAAGACUGACUUAGCUUCAUUUCAUAUUUUGUCGGAACAAUCUUCUGAUAUGUUAAGUUAUUUAACCGAAUUACAAAAAUGUUACAAUACUGCUGUUCAAUUGUUACAAGAAUGAUGAUAAAAAAAAAAGAAAAACAAUAGAACAAAGUUAAACAUUGAUAUUAAAAAGAUAUAUGCACAUUUUAAUUGACUGUGGUAAUAUCAAAAUAUUAUCACUAAAUACACUGCUAUUAUAAAAUUAUGUACUGUAAACUUUUUAUUAUAAAAAUAAUUUUAAUUUAAA